CUCUCUACAAAAACUGAAACUACUUUGACCUUCAGAGAUACUUCACGCCGCGGAUGUCAUAGCUCCAAGUUCGAAAUUUGUUACAUAUGUUCAUGAACACUAAUCGCCCAUUUGACAUUCUAAAUCGAAGUGGAUUCGAUAAACAAUAUGAAGAGUACAAACAAGGAAUGUAUCUUACUCAGUCUGUGAUGAGUAUAUUCCAAGAGAAAUGUGAACUUCAGUCGAAUUAUUCACGAGGUCUAUCAGGAUUAAGUGGUCGUUUACGUGAUGCUCUGGCAAAAACAACGGGUGGCACAGUUCAUACAGCUUGGUUACGAAUAGCUAAUGCUUUUGAAAUAGAAUCAAAAUUACAUGAAAAAUUUGUUCAAAAUUUAUUAAAUGAUUUAAUUAAACCAUUGAAUAAUUUAAUUGAAAUAUAUAAAAAGAAUAAAAAGUCACUAAAAAAAUGUAUCGACAAAGAAACGAAUAAUUUAUUCUCUUUGUACGAAAUGGAAUUUCAUGCCAGACAUAAAUUAUUUACAUGUUUUCGUAAUUAUGAACGUGUUUGUUACAACUAUCACAUACAAUCAAGGGAUCAGCAAAAACAAUUAAGUCGAACUAUUCAAUCUAAUAAUGAUAUACAGAAAAAGCGUAGUUUAAGCAUGAAUCGAUUUGAUACAUCUAGUUUAUCGACUAUGGACUCGACAAAUAACAGUUUAUUAUCAGAUCAUUAUUCAUCGAUUCGACGAAAUUCUAUUGAUGUUGACACUAAAGUAAUAACGACAACUCUCGAAUCGUAUGACACAACAACAACAACAUCAAAUCUAACUUUUAAGGAUACUGAUAGUUCAACGAGUCCAUAUUUUUCUUCACGAUCCAGUACUUUGUAUACUUCUCUACCCCAUAAGAAAAAUCCAAACAUUAUUCGAUAUCAUAGCAGCUUGUCGUCGAGAAAUGGAAGAAAAUUUUUAACAAUAGAUAAGUUGAAAGACGCCUAUAAUACAACCCUAACUCACUAUUAUCGAACAUGUCUGUCAGCUGAAGAAGCUAGAAUUGAUUGGCAUUCAAGAAUUUUGAAAUGUCUUAAUCAUCAACAAAUAUUAGAAAAUGAUCGUUUAAAUAGUUUAACUAAUGGUUUAACAGUUUAUCGUAAUACUUUAGAUGAUACUUUACCAACAUGGAAAGCUGUUAUAAAUGAAGUAGCUAAUGCUAUCAGUUUAGCUGAUCCAUUAUUAGAUUUACAAAAUUUCCGACAACGUUCUCACCAUCAAGAAGAUUUGUCUCAAAUAUCACCACAACAAUCAACAAAUUCAAUGAACAAACAAACUGAUAGUUCCAUAAAAUCAAAGAAUGUUGGUUGCUCACUUCAACGUCUCAUCGAUUUACCAUGCGAAAAUGUGUUACUACAACAAAAUCAACUCCAUCAGAGUCCAUCUAGUCCAUCCUCAAAAUCACAGGCGUUGAAUAUUAUAUGUAGAAGAAAAUCUCAAACAUCUGUUGACAGAAGCAAAGAAAAUACUCACAUAAAUUUCAUCAGUUCAUCGUUAUUAUCACCAUCAUCACCAGUUAGCUUACGUUUAAUAAUUCAACACUGUUUAAGUAAAUCGUCAAUAUUAACAUUAAUUGAUAUGUUAACUAAAGAUAUUGAAAAAGAACGUCGUACAAAAAGAGGUUUAUCGAAUUUAGUCCAAGUUUACGCUCAUCAACCAGCUUAUACCGAUAUAGAUACACUUAUGGAAUCACGUCAUCGUUUAUACUUCUCACGUGUACGUCUCACUUAUCUUUUGUUAUGUCGUCAAAAAUUAACGCAUAGUUUAAAACAAAUUCAUUCAAGUUCAUUUGAAAAUAUAGAAACAGACAAAAGAACCUUCAACUCAUUAUCAUCAUCUUCACCGUUGUCAUCGGAAAACCUAGAAUUAUCUUCAAUUUUAGUACAGGCUGGAUUUUCCAAAAUGAUUCUUACUUCACGUAUAUGUUCUGAUUUAAAUAACACUAAAACUAUCAAUAAUAACAAUAAUAAUGAUAAGAAAUCUUAUUUGAUCACAUCACGUUGGAUACGCUUACCUGAUUUGGAUAGAAUAACUAAUCAUGGGUUAAAUUUAAUGGAAUGGCCUCCAUUUCCUUUAGAAGAUAUAACACAUGAAAAUGUAAACGAUAAUAUAUUUCAAUUGGAUAUUGAAAAGAUUCGUGAACAACUUAAAUCACAAUCAUCUUGGAUAUUAGACUGUAUGAAUAAUAGUAAUAGUGAUAGUCAUAAUGAUACUGACAAUGCAAACACAUUGAGUCGUGCACAUUUUACUGUUACAUCUAAUAACAAUAUUAUAACUGAUAAAUACCAACAUGUACCUCAUGAAGUAAUGCAUAAACAAUUUAAAUCUCCAAUUAAACGAAGCGUUACAUGUUCAGAAAAGUCAGUUACAUUCACAUCAACCAACAAUAUACUUAAUAGUAACAUAAUGGAAAAAUCUAAUCAAUCAUUAAAGAAACCUUUUCAUGGUAAUAGUAUUGAUAUAAGUAAUAAUGAUAAAUCAUUAGAAAGCAAUAAACGAUUCUCUAUAAUCAAGGAAUUUUCCAACAUAGAAGUUUCUCGAAAGCGAUCACCUGAAAUUUGCAGAAUUCAAUCUGAACGAACUGAUAUUACUACUAUGAACAGUAGUAUAGGUACCAUUAAAAAUAAUAUUGACAAUAUUUCCAGACAUUCAAUACUUGAUCAUUCAAUAAAUUCUCAUAAACCAAUUGUACCAUUAGCAACUGAUGAAACUGAUACUGAAGAUUCUAUAAAUAAACAUUGUUCAUCAAUAUCGUCAGUUCCUUAUUCAUCAUCUAUUUCAUCAGAGAACACUGAAAAUUCUAAAGAAGUUUUAACAACUAAUUCAUUUUGGUCUCGUCUCAGCCAUGGAUUACGUGGAUCAUCUAACAACAAACAACAAUCUAAUCAUAAAAAAUCUGAACAUAAUAUCAAAUCUCACCGCAACACUAAUAAUUCGUCAUCUAGAAAAGAAAUUGUCAAAUCUGAAAUAUCAGAACCAUCAUGUUUACGUAUUGUUAACAUUCCAAAUAGUUCUUGCUCUCUUGAUUCAGGUAAUACUGGUUCCAUGGAUAGUGAACCUAGUUCUUCAUGUAAAUCAGUUCAUUUUCACACUGAUUCAAUUGUGACCGAUAACUAUGAUUUAGAGAAAAACAGUUCAGAUUUGAAUCUAGAAGUUGGAUCUUCUUCCAAUUUGCAUUGUUUAGGUUGGGCCAAAGUUCAACGAAGCUAUCUACCUCGCAAUCCCACUGAAAUUCAUUUAGAAGAAGGUGAUAUAAUUAGUAUUUACCGUAAAGUUAACUCGGAUUGGUGGUAUGGUGAAGUGAAUAAUAAAAAAGGUUUAUUUCCAGUAAAUCAUAUUGAAGAAUUUUAAAGUUUCAAUUCAUGAAUAACAAUAAACAAAUAUUGUAUACCCUAUAGUUAUUUCAGUAAAUUCUAUCAAACAUUCAAAGUACCCUACACUUUAUCUUCACCCCUGUUUUGUUCAACAUAUCUGAUGUAUAUAUUAAUUUACAUGAAGCCAAUCAGAAUAUAUCCACUUAUGAAAAUGAUGACAAUGUAAUCAAUGUUAAUGUACCUAUAUCUUUAAGAUGAAGAUAAACAAUUUGAUCUACUUCCCCAUCUCUUCGGUUAUGACCCGCUGAUGAUGACUCCGAUUUGGAUGAAUAUACGAAUAUACUAUGCACAUGUAUCUUCCAUUUUAACUUCGUAUAUUACCUUGGCUAACCGUAUAUAUAUGACGGUGGUAAUAAGAAAAAAGGCAAACACAGGUUGUGUUGGAUAAAUUUUAUUUCAAGCAUUUGUUUAUCUAAACAAACAUUAAGUAUAAGAAAUAGGAAAGCGAAGCGGAGAAAGUGAACAAGUCAACUGGAUUUAAUCAAUAUUUAUAAUCAGAUAUGUGAUGAAUAGGAUAAGUAGUACACACAUAAAACACACAUAUAUAAAAACAGUCAAAGUUAACAAGCGAAUAAUUAACAAAGUCAAAAGAAUGAACAAAAUCAAUCUGUUCCGAAGUCAGAAUACUCCAUAUGAUCUUGAUAUAGAGUACCAGACACUAUAAACUUAACAAUUUAAAUAUGGAAUUUAUCAUCAUAUUUACCGCUAUUUUGUACUCUUAAAGUACUACAUGAUAUAUAUAUGCAAUCCUAUUCGCCUCGUAAUUAUUAUACUAUGAAUUCUAUAUUAAACAUGUAAGAAGAAAUUAUGUUUACUCAUUGAAUGUUAAAUAUUGAACAUUGAAAAGUAGUGAUGCACUACUCACUCACUAACACCCUAUUCUAUGCCCCAUUUUCUACUAAAUGUUUAAUAUUCAAUAAAGUGAUCAUUAUUAUUAUUAUUAUCAUCCCUGAUUUGUAUUAUACCUUUAAAUUAUUGUAUAUAUCAACAUAUAGAAAAUAAGUCAGAGCAUUAAACAUUCAAUUUAUUCAACUUUAUAUUCAAAUAUCUUAAUAAAUAUGUAGAUCUAAAUGCUUAAUUUCUGUGUAUAGAUUAAACAUUAUUAUGUAUAAAUAAGAUGAAUAUCAUCAGUACCAGUACCAGUACCAUUACCACCACCAAUUCCACCAGUGACAUACACAAACACACACACACUCUCUCUCCAUCUAUAAUUCCCUUUACACUCAGAAACAAUUAAUUACAUUAACAGUAACAUUUAUGAAUACAAUUCAUGUUAUAUUCUAUGUUUAAAUAGUAAUUUUCAUUCAUUUGUUUGUUUGUUUGUUUUCAAUGUUAUUUAACCCAAUUUUGUUUUUUCCUUUUUUGUGUUUAUUUCAAUUCUGAUUUGUUUUUUCUUUGUGAUAAGUUUUGCAAAUUGAAUGCUAUAUUCGUUUCUUAAGCUAUUCUGUAAUCCCCAAACUAGAACUAUACAGCGACUUGAACAACAAGAGAGAAGACACAAAGUAUGCGAGAAGUACUUUACUCCAAUGUUUAUUUCAAUACAGAAGAUAUAAGGUUUUUAUAAUGUUUUUUUAAAUAUCCUUGAGUUGCUCGAAGAUUCUGCAAUGCUACUAAACAUAAUAGCAGUAUGGCAAUCAGUCAAUUAGAACCUUUACAUGUGAUGUUUGACUUCCUUGAUAUUUUUGGCUAAAACUUCAAAUGAAUGCUGAUUGGAGGAAAUGCUUCUUAGUGUUUCCUGAUCCUUGCUUGUCUUUUGCAAGCAAUUUUCUGGAUCACUUCAACACUCUUUUUUUUGUAGUCUCGUUGAUAUUUUCUUUCUUUUUUUUUUUUUGAAAAAAUGAAAUUAUUUUUGACGAGGUUCUCUACUAGAGAUUGUCUUUUUUGGUGAUAAUUAUGUCUCUAAUGUUCAUUCAUUGUUGAAUAUUUCGAUUUUUUUCAUUGUUUUUAUUUAAUUUGUUUGUUAGUUAUUGGGUUUCUCGAGAGAGAGAGAGGGAAGGGAUAAAGGAUGGAUUUAUUGUAACCUCUUGUUUUAUUAUAAUUAUUAUCAAUAACUUUUAAGUCUUCUAAUUGAACAAUUGAAUCAGUUCCUUAAGCUU